GUCGGACGGGGAAGGGGCGGCUGAGUUAUCUCUCGGCCCCUCCCUCAAUGUGAGCAAGAGGUGAUCGGUGUGUAGAGUCUCACAAUGAACAUAGAGGCUGAGAGCUGUCAUAGUGUGGGCAAAGUACGAGGCGUGCUUCCAGAGUGUGAUCGCUGCCAUCACUCCCCUUCUAUACUGUACACAGAGGACCACCCAACAAGUGGCAGUGCUCGGAUCUCCUUGUCAGAGUGAAUGGGAGAGAGGAAGGUGGCCGUCACCUGAUCGCACUGCUGGCACCUGAUGCCGAGUCCCAGGACUGUCCAUGGGGUGUCCCUGGAGGAUGCCCACUAGUCUGCCCCCUUGUUAGGACCAGUGCUGUGAAGUUAGUCGUGUAGAAGUUGUUCCUUCCAUGUGAUCUCGUACCCAGGAGCUGACACUCACUCCUACACCCAAUCCGAUCAUGGCCAAAUGGUUGAAUAAAUACUUCAGCCUGGGGAACAACAACAACAACAAGACCAAGAGCCCCCCGCAACCCCCCAGACCGGACUACAAGAGGAACGGGGGCCCCGAUCGCUCCUUCCACCAUCACACGUCCCCUCUGCCCGGACACUGCCGGGAGGAGAGCGAUCUCAUCAAAGCCUACCGGGCUCAGAAAGAGAGAGACUUCGAGGAUCCCUACAGCGGCCCCGGCUCUUCUCUCCGCAAGCUGCGGGCCAUGUGCAGCGACGAGCAGCAGCAGCAGGUGGAGGGGCGGAGGGGCAGUAACAGUCUCUUCCAGGAGCCCUACCCUGGAUCCAGUACUAAUACCACCUCGUCAUCGUCCUCAUCGUCCUCCUCACCGCACCUCUACCGGAGCAACAGCGAGAGGAGGCCGCCUGGAGCCAAGCAAGCACCCCCCGUGGGCUUCGUGGUCUCCCCCAAACACCGGCUCAUCAAGAUUGACAGCUGCGGCUGGGCUGACAGUGGGGGCGGCACCGCACACUCGGGGGGCACGGCGAUCACCUGGAGCCCGGCUUUGGUCAGCACAGGGAUGAGCAAGAACGAGGAGAAUACCAAGGAUAAGGUUGCGAUUGCUGAUGACUACUCUGAUCCCUUCGAUGCCAAAAAUGAACAGAAGAACAAAGUUGUGAUAACUGAAAACAAUGGCUACAUGGAACCCUAUGAAGCCCAGAGAUUGAUGACAGAUAUUCAAAAACAGGAGAGUCAGAAGUUUCCCCAGAAAAACAUCCAGCUUUAUGACACGCCAUAUGAGCCAGAGUGCAAUGGAGUAGAGUCAGAUUCUGAAAGCCUUGUUGGUCUGAGAAUGCGAGAGAGUAAAUUACCACAGGAUGAUGACCGGCCUGCUGAUGAGUACGACCAACCAUGGGAAUGGAACAAAGCUUUACCAGCAUUGGCAGCGCAGUUCAAUGGCAGCGAGAGGCAGUUAUCACCAUCUCCAAGCAGUGACAGACGCAGACAGCUGAGAGCUCCUGGAGGGGGCUUCAAACCGAUAAAACACGGAAGCCCUGAACUUUGUGGUAUCUUGGGCGAGAGAGUGGAUCCAAAUGUUGCACUGGAGAAACAAAUAUGGUAUCAUGGAGCAAUCAGCCGGACAGAUGCAGAGAACUUACUGAGGUUGUGCAAAGAAUGCAGUUACCUUGUGCGGAACAGCCAGACAAGCAAACAUGACUAUUCUUUAUCACUAAAGAGCAGUCAAGGAUUCAUGCACAUGAAACUGUCGAAAACCAAAGAAAAAUACGUAUUGGGUCAGAACAGUCCUCCUUUUGAAAGUGUUCCAGAAGUCAUCCAUUUUUACACCACUCGGAAACUUCCAAUAAAAGGAGCCGAACAUUUAUCACUCCUCUACCCUGUAGCAGUGCGGACCCUUUAGGGUUCCCAGAGACUGAGCUACCCCCCCCCUUCCUGUGGACAGGGGACUGUGAAGAAGCAUUGUUGCUAGUACAGCACAGCUGCACUAUGAAUCAGCAGGGUACUGCAGGGGGACUAUUCAAGCACUGACAUUGUGAAACGUCAAUUACGGGCACUCACAAUAUGUACGAUGUUGCACUACGGCUUUCACAAAGGACACUACAUCUGGUUUUAAAAAGAGCCUUUGGUAAAAAAAUAUAAUGUGAUUUGGAGGGUUUUGUGCUCUAAGAAAAGAGUUCUUGAAAAUGCAAUGCUUAUUUGGGAGAAAUUUCGAAAUGGACAAUUCAGAUGUUAAACUACAAACUGAUAUAAGCGUAGCCCGAGGCCAUUUGUGUUUAUUUGUUUCAGUGCAUAAAACAUAGUUAUGUUGUAUUAAAUUCAGUUUUGGAGCUACAAUGUUUGCUACAUAAUUGGCAUUUGGAAGAAAGUUCUAUGUUUUGUACGUUGUUCUCACUCUUUCUCCCUUGUGGCAGCAAUGCCUGGGGUCAUCAAUGAACAAAAUGUCAUCAUUGGCUUGACAGCCUUAUAUAACGAAGUGUUGUGGCUCUCUCAAAAAGUUUUUUUCGUCUUUCCAGAGAAACUAAAGUUUAGAGGUGUUAGCACUUGCUGUAAAAAAGGGGGUUUUAGAGCUACAAGUCUGACGGCUCAAAGCUUAGUUGUAGUGAACUGUUGGCUCCAAGGAAACUUGAUCUUACUAUGGUUUUAAGACUGUUAAUUUCUCCUUCAAGCAAGCAAUGCAUCUUUCUUGAUUAAAGGAAGCUUUCAGCAAGUCCGGGUGAUGUCCUGUGGAGAUUUCUGUCUUGAUUGCUGUGUGAGGAGCAUAAAUGGCUUCAGCGCAGUCACUUUUUAACACCAAGCUUUGGAAUACAAGCCAAGCAUUAUUUUUUUUUGUGGUACCUGUAAAAAGCCGCACAUAGAGCCCGCAUGGAUGGCCCGGGCCUGCUCUGACAAUAUAUCUAGUAAUACGUGUCUGUUAGAGCAAUAAUGUAUCAGUUUUUCACUUGCUACAUCCGUUACCAUAAAUUGUCAUGGCACUCUAGCGAGUUUUGGUUUAAUUAUUUAUGAAUAGGGUAUGUAAAUAAAGAAAAUAGCAGUUUAAUAUAUAAUUAUAUUUUUGACCCCCAUUUUUGGUACAAAGAAAGAGUUGUUGUGCACCUUUUUACAGUCAGAGGCCUUAAAAGGCAGUGUUGACCAUGUUUUGUGUUUGUACAGUGUGACUGUUAUUUAGCGGGUAAGAGUUACUCGAACGGUGUAGGUUAAAAUGUAAAAAAACCCGGGUAUUGUUAUUUUCUAACUGUUUUGCUUGUGAAGGCUGUUUUUUUCUUUCCUAUCAGGAUAGCAAAAACCACAGUAUUAGGGGUUCCAUACUUCUCUUUAAUAAAACUGAUCUUCAGCAUGUGUGUUUUUUGUGUACUUGAAUAUUGUUUCUGCCAAGCUGUUGUCAUCCGUUCAUUGGAUUUCGUUGUGCAAUACAGUAUCUGCUUUCUAAGCAA